AUCUUUAUUUUUGUUAGUUGUGCUGUGGGUGUGCUUCAAGAUUUUGUAAAAAUUUGAACUUUAUAAGCUAGGCAGAUUUUCAUUGCUCUAAAAAUGGUGAACUAUAAUGGAAUCUGAUGCUUUGGGAAAGUACCCUUUAUCACCAUUUCUAUUUUCAGCCAUUCUCUCGAGGAUUAAUCAUUGCCGAAUGCAGCUGGUAUUUAAUUGAGAGAGUCCAUUUGGAAUGAUAUGGACCAGUCAAAGGAGGACGUAGAGGCAAAUGAUGUAGCUACGAAUGUGCUACCUAAAACGACGGAGGAUGAUAUUUCUGUUGAACCAUCGAUGAGAAAGUCUAUAUCUACCAGUCUUGAGUUUCCGGAGGGACCAAUUUCUUCUGGUUCAGGUACCAACAACAGAUAUGUAAUGUCCAUGAAGGAUACUCAGCCCCAUGGUACAAGUUCUUACUCAUUGAAUAGUUCAAGGCUCACAUUUGAAAAAUUGAGUAGUUACAAAAUUUCCGAACCAGCUUCUCGUAGAUGCUCUGAUAAUAAUCGAGAAAACAAUCAGAAACCGCAAAUUCAGUGGCAACAGUUUUAUCAAUUAGGGGCUGGCUCUAGAAGUGUGAAGGGGGAUGGAGAUCCUUCAUCCAGGGAUUUGCCAGGAAAGAAUUUGCGAGCACUGAAAAUGCUGAAGCAUGCAUCGCACAAAGAUAUCAAAGAAGGCUCUAAUGCAGUGUCUUCCCAAUCAACAGAAGACUCUAACUUAAUCAUCCCAAGCAAUAGAUUACUUCCGGGAAAUAGUCAAUCAAAACUUUCAUCUACAUCUGGCUUUUCUCAGUUUUUCGCUAACCGAUCUCUUAAAGGCAAAGAUGUUUUACCAAAAGGCCCUGCGCUUCAUGAAGAAUUUGAUACCGCCUCUAAUCUGCAGAAUAAGAAUGAGUCUGAGCAAGCUUCAAUACGAAUGGUAGGAUCUGAUGCAUUGUUUAAGCCUGGUGCUAAUUCUAAUGGAGUUACAUUGAGAGAGUGGAUAAACUUGAUGGGAUCACAGAUUAACAAAGCUGAGAGGAUUCACAUAUUCCGGCAGAUUGUGAAGUUAAUUGAUAUUGCGCACUCCCAAGGAACUGCAUUCCAGGAAUUACGGCCUUCCUGUUUCAUUUUACUGUCACCUAAUGGUGUUAAAUAUAUUGGUCCAUCUGUUCAGAUAGACUCCAUGUAUGUCGUGAACCAAAAUACUAACGGGAAAAGGCCAUCCAACAUUGAUAUACAUGCUGAAAGUAACUUGGGCUCUAAGCAGCAGAAGGUUCGUUGUUGUUCUCAUGAUGAAAGCACGCAAUUUAAGGCAGGGGGUCUGCUGGAGUCUGACAUUAAACAGUUGGAAAAGAGGUGGUACACUUGUCCGGAAGAACUCGAUCACAAAAGCCUUGCAUCAUCUAAUAUCUACAGUCUCGGGGUUCUUUUCUUUGAGUUGCUGUGCUGUUUUGAAUCGCCAGCGGCACGUUCUGCAGCGAUGAUGAAUUUGCAAAGUCGCAUUCUUCCUCCAAAUUUUCUUUGUCAAAAUCCUAAGGAAGUUGGCUUUUGCUUUUUGAUGCUUCAUCCUGUACCUUCUUCUCGCCCUACAACAAGGGAAAUCCUGCAGUCUGAAAUAAUAUAUGUAGCUGAAGAAGUAUGUAAAAUAGAUGGUGUCCCAGCAUUUAUUGAGAAGAAGGAUGAUGACCCUGACUCAGACACGUUGCUCUAUUUCCUAGUUUCACUGCAGGAGGAAAAGCAGAAUAAUACCUCCAAGUUAUUACAAAGUAUAAAGUGCUUAGAAGCUGAUAUCAAGGACGUCGAUAAAAAAGAUAUCUUUAGAACUUCAGAUUGGGUGGAGAAACAUCUUAACUCGACUGACUGUAUUUCUAGAUCGUUUUCUAUUACAAAUAUGAGCAAAGAAAAGCUAAUGAAAAAUUUUUCUCAGCUUGAAAGUGCUUACUUCUGCAUGAGAUCCCAAAUCCAACUUGCAGAAAAUGAUACAAUAGGUCGAACAGACACAGAUUUGUUGACGAGUCGUGACAGGUUGUCAACAACAGAGGUGGGGCCUACUCUAAAAUCUGUUGAUCGUAUUGAAGCCUUCUUUGAAGGUAUUUGUAAAUAUGCUCGCUACUGCAAGUUUGAGGAAUAUGGGACAUUAGGAAAUGGUGAUCUUCUUAACUCUACAAAUGUGAUCUGCUCCCUCUGUUUUGAUCAUGAAGAGGAAUAUAUAGCUGCAGCUUGUGUCUCAAAAAAAAUCAAAAUCUUUGAAUUUGCUUCACUUUUGGAUGACUCUGCGGAUCCUCAAUAUCCUGUGGCUGAGAUGUCAAACAGAUCUAAGCUUAGCUGUGUUUCCUGGAAUAAUUAUAUGAAGAAUUAUCUGGCUUCAACUGAUUAUGAUGGCGUAGUCAAGAUGUGGGAUGCAAUCACAGGUCAAGAAUUCUCCCAACAUAUAGAGCACCAGAAGAGGGCUUGGUCUGUUGAUUUUUGUCAAGUGGAUCCAACAAAGUUUGCCACUGGAAGUGAUGAUUGCUCAGUAAAAGUGUGGAAUAUCUAUGAGCGGAGUUCUGUGGAUACAAUCUGGAAUCCUGCCAACAUAUGCUGUGUGCAGUUUUCUGCUUACUCCUCUCAUCUGUUGGCUUUCGGAUCUGCUGAUUACAAAAUCUACUGCUAUGAUCUUCGCCAUACUAGGAUUCCAUGGUGCACAUUAUCUGGACAUGAGAAGGCUGUUAGCUAUGUAAAAUUCUUAGAUUAUGGUACCCUGGUUUCUGCAUCCACAGAUAACACGCUAAAGCUAUGGGACCUAAAUAGAACAAGUUUGGAAGGAUUGUCUUCAAAUGCUUGCAGCUUGACUUUCAAGGGACAUACCAAUGAGAAGAACUUUGUGGGAUUAUCAGUUUUAGAUGGGCAAAUUGCAUGUGGUUCCGAAUCUAAUGAGGUAUAUGCUUAUCAUAGAUCUCUACCAAUGCCAAUUACUUCUUAUAAAUUUGGAUCUGUUGAUCCGAGCUUUGGCAAUGAAGGUGAGAGUAAUGGGCAAUUUGUUUCAAGUGUUUGCUGGAGAAAAAAAUCUAAUAUGGUUGUUGCGGCAAACUCAACUGGAUGUAUAAAGCUGUUACGUUUGGUAUGAAUUAAAGCUCAUCAUCCUUAUCUUCUGAAUCCUAACCAUGCUGGCAGACGUGUUUUCCACCUAGCUUCAGCUGGAAUUGAGCAAAACUAAGGAUUGAUAAAUCUAGGUGUUGAACAUUGAAGCCGAAUUCGUAGUCGUGGCUAAAUGGAAUGGACUUCAGAAUAGGAAGAAAACCUUUCUAAGAGCCAAAAGUUUUCAACUCUAAUGUAGUCCUCGCCUGCUUCGAGAGUUCUUCUGGAUAAAUGGAAAUGGAGAUGAAGCAGUUUGGCCUCCUUCACUGCUUCUUUUGCAAAGAAAUGACAUCAGCAAAGUUGAGAAACCAGCUUAGAGAGUAUGCUUUACACGAUUGGUUUUGCAAAGCUGAGAUCGUCUCUUGCUCAAAAGUCUCGGUAGACACAAUCCACUUCUUUUCAGUUGGUGAUGUAUGUAGAUUGUAGACGCAAUUCACGUCCUGAUUCAGAAUUUGUCUCAGCGACUUAUGCUUCGUUCUUCUUUCUCACUUACCUUGUGAGCUAACAUUUGGAGAAGUAUGUGUGACUGGUAAAGGAUCAGAACGGAAUUUUCCAGGGAGGGAAAGCUCCGUGAGUUCCCAGCCUCAAUGUCACUGUAGUUGGCUAAUCCAUUUGGCUGUCAUCAGGGUUCAUCACUAACCACCUCUUUACGUAGCGAAAAAUCCUGCGGAUGAAUGAGAAACUUGUCUGUUGAUUUGGAUCAGUGUGCCAAGACGACUUUGUCAAGCUUUUCACACUUUUGUGAGUAAAGGAAGCAAUGUUUCGCCUCAUCUUCUCUUGGCUAUCUUCGAGGGCAACUCUCCCUGUUAAAAUCUCAAAGCAUAUUAUCCCCAAACUUACACGACUUCUCAGAGAACUUGAUAUGUACUCUCCAUUCCCCCACUAUUCUGAUUGGUGAUUUUCCAUGCCUCUUGCAAUCUGGAAGUAGUGGAUCAACUGCAGUAGGAACCAGCAUAUGAAUUAGUAGAAAAACUUGUUAUGCAUGCCAUAUUAGCUGCUUCUCUGCUCUUCGCUCAUUAUUUGAUUAAUUUGAUAAUUUAUUGAUUUUGCUUAGGCACAAAUAUUGGCAGCAGUUAAAGCCCUGAUGUAGUUGUAACUGCUAUUUUCAAUGUUAUUGUUAUUCCCAUCA